CGCCAUUGGCGCGGCGGCUGCCGGCCGGGGCUGCCUCGCCUCUCGCCGCCGCCUCCCUCACCUCAGACAAGCGGGGAAAGCAGCUGCUGGCAGGGGUGAGGGAAACCGGGCAGCUCCUAACCGGAGAGCUUGGGCUUCCUGUUGCCUUGUGUCUGGACUUCCAGCUCCCCCAAGCUGCCAGCGCUGGUGUGUUGGAGAAGAAUUAGUCAGGAAACCAAAUCCGCUUACAGUUAAGAGCCAGUAGGAUGCUUGAAACUGAAUUUCUUAUGGCGUGAAGAUGAUGAAGGAAUGAUUAGGCUGCUCCUAAACACUGGAUGUGCUGGAUCAAUGACCUCUUACUGCAGCAAGCAGAGCUGAGAAGACAUCGUUGCAAUGGCAAGCAGCAAUGAGGCACCUUCCCAAAAAUAUCUCAUCUAGGGAAGCAUGUGCUUACUCCACAGCAACAAAACCAAAACUGUGGCUUUUUAAAUCACAGACUGUAACGGGGUCCAGUUUUCUCAGGGCCUGCUGAAAAAGACUUUUCUAUACCCUUAAAAGGGACUCCAAGACUAACCUCAGCAGGAUUUAAGAUCGUUCUGGAGGCUUAACCCUACCUACGCCCACCAAGAUGAUUGACCUGAGCUUCCUAACAGAGGAGGAGCAAGAGGCAAUAAUGAAGGUGCUGCAACGGGACGCAGAGCUAAAAAAAGCUGAAGAGGAGAGAGUCAGGCAUUUACCAGAGAAAAUCAAAGACGAUGUUCAGCUAAAGAACAUGAGCGGACAGUGGUUUUAUGAAGCCAAGUCAAAGAGGCACAGAGAUAAGAUCCAUGGAGCAGAUAUUAUCCGAGCUUCCAUGCGAAGGAAGCCUGCCGCUGUUGCUGAAGUGAGUCAGAGCAAAUCAAACAAAGCAAAGAACAGCUGGGUGAGCAAUGUGAAUAAAGAAGUCUUUGUGCAACCAGAACUCCAUGGCAUCGUGGAACAUCAGGAAGAAGAAGAACUGAAGUCUAGUUCAAGUUCUAAAACAGUAACUUCAGGAUUAGACAAAACAGAGGAAAGAUCUGUGAAGGCAGCAGUCUCGCCAGUAAAGCAAAGGAGAAAUCCAUUUAAUUCCACUGUAUCAGGUGAUAACUUGAGCAGUGGAGAAUCAGAAAACAGACCAGACAUUCUACCUCAGCUAUCAAAGAAGGAAAUUUUGUCACCUUCAAUAGAGAGCCAACCUAAAACAAACGUACUGAAUGAUGAAACUGAGAUACCUAAGAAGCCUUCUGUAGAACCUACGGAUGAAUCACAGAAAGGACCAGUUAAGCGUCCCAUCCCAAAAGCUAGAAAAUUAGUUCACAAAAUAACAGAUUGUGUGCCACAAAGAGAAGACGUUGUUCCAAAACCAGCCAAACGGACCCAGGGGGUUAAUGGCACUGGUAUACUUCCCAGGGGCAUUCUGAAACGCAGUUCAAGUUCCAGUUCCACUGACUCAGAAGUUCGUGUCAAUCAGAUGUUAGAUGUUCAGAGUAAGAGUAGUAUUCCUACUACAACUAUUUUUGAAGGAGAAGUUGAGAAGAACACUCUUACAGAAGAAGCGGAAGAGUCCACACAAAUUUCACUGGAAAAAUUAAAACAAGUGAGGUUUUCAUCUAGCAUAGGAAAAAGAGAAUCUCUGCAAAGCCCACGGAUACAUCAUAGCAAAGAAACGGGAGAACUUGAUUUGUUAGAAUCUGGUGAAAUAAAGACUAGUGAGAAUGAUCCUAUUGGAACAGAUUCACUUGGGAAUAAGCAAACUUCCACUGUAAAGUCUUUGGGAACCCAUUCAUCAGGUGUACAUGUGAAAACACACAGUUUACAGGAAGAUAAGCCUGCAUCCAGUCCUUGUGAUGCUAAUGGGUCAGUCUUCCUGGUUAAUGAAACAGUCCAAACAAAGAUCAUUACUCCUAAGAAACUUGAAACUCCACAGAAGACCUCCACCAAUAUCUUAUCAAAUAGCAAUAAAGAACUGAGUGUUGAUGAGACGUGUGAAAAUAAAUCCAACCAGUCCUUGAGCCGUGAAUCAAAGUUGCUCAAAAACUCUACUGAUGAACAUUUGCUUUCUGCUGAGACAAAAGCACAUGACGUAUCAAAUACCAAUUCUGCAGCUCUUCAACAAGGUUCAGAAGAAGAAUUAAAUCCUGUUUUGAUGGCUUUGAAAAGGAGUGCAGAUAGGAAAAUGCCUUCCAAAAGUCUAGAGGACAUUCCAUCAGCCACCUCAAAUAAAGGAAAAAUAAAAAUUCCAAAGGAGGAAUUAGCUCUUAGUGCUGAAGAUGGUCUGAAAACUGAUCAGGAUCAAGAGAGGAAUGAAAAUGCAUCAGGAAUCUCCACAGUGCCUCCACAGCCUGAUCAGCUGUUUUCCAAUCCUGAAAAACUCAAAGGACUGAGCAAGUCGGUACCAUCGUUCCUGCAGGAAGAGAGUGAUGACAGAGAGACAGAUACAGCAUCAGAAAGCAGUUAUUCCCUUGGCAGAAUCAAGAAGAGUCCCAGCUCUCUAACCAAUCUUAGCGGUUCUUCUGGCAUGGCCUCCUUAUCCUCUGUGAGCGGAAGCUUAAUGAGCGUCUAUAGCGGAGACUUUGGCAAUGUUGAUGUGAAGGGGAACAUUCAGUUUGCUAUUGAUUAUGUAGAACAGCUGAACGAGCUCCACAUUUUUAUUUGCCAGUGUAAAGACUUGGCAGUGGCAGAUGUCAAGAGACAGCGUUCAGACCCGUAUGUGAAGACCUACCUGCUUCCAGAGAAAUACAAGCUGGGCAAACGGAAGACCUCUGUGAAAAAGAAAACUUUUAAUCCUGUCUAUAAUGAAAUACUGCGGUAUAAAAUUGAGAAGGAUCUCCUGAAGAACCAAAGCCUGAAUAUCUCUGUCUGGCACAACGAUACCUUUGGGAGGAAUAGCUUCCUUGGUGAAGUAGAGCUGGAUUUAGGAACUUGGGACUGGAAUGAUAAAUCCAACAAGCAGAUCAACUGGUUUCCACUCAAGCCAAGGACUUCAACAAUGGCUCUAGAACUAGAAAACAGAGGGGAGAUGAAACUAGCCCUCAAGUAUGUUCCACAGCCUACUGGAGGAAAGAAGACUCUGUCCACUGGUGAGGUCCACAUCUGGGUGAAGGAAUGCCAUGACCUUCCUCCUCUGAGGGGCAACAGGCUCAACUCUUUUAUCAAGUGUACCAUUCUUCCAGAUACUAGCAGAAAAAGUCGCCAGAAAACAAGAACAGUGGCAAAAACUACAAACCCAGUAUUCAACCAUACCAUGGUCUAUGAUGGCUUUAGGCCAGAAGAUUUGAAAGAAGCCUGCAUAGAACUCACAGUCUGGGAUCACAACAAACUUGCCAACCACUUUCUGGGAGGUCUCAGGAUAGGCCUUGGAACAGGCAGAAGCUAUGGAACUACAGUAGACUGGAUGGAUUCCACUUCAGAUGAAAGUGCCCUGUGGGAGAAGAUGAUAAACUUGCCAAACACAUGGGUAGAAGAUACGAUACCUCUGAGGAUGCUAAUGGUUGCAAAACUGACAAAAUAAGGUGGCUUUUGAAUUGCUAGUGUCAAAAAGACGACCUGGGAAUGGAAUUAAAAGGUGUGGGGGUGAAACUUGGAAGAGGCACACAGCAGCUCUUUUGAUAGUCUCUGUUCUGUUGCUCUUCUGUUCUUGUGCUGUCAAAUGUCACUUCAUAUUCCAAACUAAAAUCCAGCCCGAAGAUGAUUAUGUAAAUUGAAGGGCUGCUUUUAUUUCUUAUUCACUGAAAAUGUAUUCAAGUAAGAACAUACUUAGAGAAUUCAGAGGUAGAGGUAGCUGUGAUACUUGAAUGCUUGUGUUGCCAAACUGAAGUGUUGCUGAUUCCUUAAAGCUAAAUUGCCGGGGGGGGGGAAGGAAAAGCAAGCAAAUUAUUUCUGUAUACUUGGAUUGUUUGUGAGAUGUUGUUAUUAGUAAGGUAGCAACAGGUUGCAUUUUGUUCAUGCUCAUUAGCACGUUUCUCUGGCUGAAUCCUCAUCAUGCUAUAUUGGAUCUCCAGCUAGGAAUAUGAGCGUGCAGAUUUUUUUUUUAAAGUCCCUUUGUCUGUAGUUACACAUUUCUAUGAUCUGAAAGUUGCUUCUGUCAUGAAAGAAGCACUACAUGAAAUGGUACUGUUGAUGUCUUACUCUGCAAGGUGUAGAGGACUGUUGAUUCUGAUGUACUAUGGAAAGCUGGGGUUAUAAAGUUUGCUUCUAUGUUUGUUAAUUACCUUGCUAGUAUAUUGAUGUUCUUUUUAAAUGCUGAAGUCACAGAGGUCAAACGUUUUCAUUCAAAUGCUAUCCCAAAGGAUCUAAACUUGCCAGUUUUAUGGAGGACGAAUGUUGGGUAUUUAUUUUUGUAAAGUGUACUCGUUUUCUGUACCUAUACCUAUUAUGAGCUUGUAUUUUUGCGAAAAGUAAUUUAUCUGUUCUUCAGCGCCACCGUUAGGAGAACACGGGGUGAUGGCGGGCUGGGUUUAGGUAGCUUUGCAGCAUGUGAAAUGGAAUUUGUCAUGUGUGGAAAUGCGUACCACUGAAGGAAGAUAAACGCAUACAAUACAAAAUGUAUUACUUUUUUUAAAUAAAAGCAGUCUUAUUAAAGCUAA